UCUGUUUCAGUCUAUUCUUCAGUACAUGAGUGAAUAAUUCCAGAUGAAUUUCUUUCUGAGGGUUGAGAAGGGAGUGAAAAUGUGAGGGCAGUGAUUUUGUACACUGGUCAGAUGUCUUUACAAAUCCAGACUCCAGACGUGGGAGAACAGAUUAUUAACACAACUCAAAUGUCUACUUAGAAAACUCUUGCUUGUGAGUAGUUGCCAUAGAGAAUUUUAAAAAAAGAGAGUGUGACGUGUAAUAGAAUUCAGAACGCGAAUCAGAAUGAAUCGUCAGCACGUUCGAGAAUGUUGUUAUAGCAACGGAGCGCAGCGGGUCACUUCAUAGCGCAAAAAAACACCGAGGAGGAUCGCAGCAAAGAAAAGACGCUGAAAAAGUCUUGUAGCAUUUCUGCUUUAUUUGCUUUAUUUUAAAACGAUAGAUAGACCAUCUUUUUAUGAAAAGCUCUGAAAUGACGAGCAGCCUGAAAAUGAGUUUUAACACCGGAUACAGAACAACGGAGAAGGCUGAAGCUGAUGCCGAGAUGGAAAGUGUCCUCACGUCUCUCGACGAACAGCUGAUAGAUGAGGAAACCAAGACUCAGGCUGUUGCUGAGGAAAGUAGCUUCCAAGAAAAGAAGAAGAAUAAAAAGACCAGGAGAGGGACACGAGGAGGAAGAAAGAUGAAAGUCCAGGUCAACAAAGCAGAUGAGGCUGAAACCUUGGUUCAGGUUCAAGCUGAGGCUGAAUCUGUAGAACCAGUGAACAGCAAAUCUGCUGUGGAAAUCCCCAGCAAUGAAAAGAAAAAGAAAAGGAGGAUGAGAGGGAAGAGAGGCGGGAAAAAAAAGAGGCUUCGGUCCAAAAAAGCAGGAGAUGAGGCUCAAGCUGAAGUUGAGGCUCAAGCUGAAGUUGAGGCUGAAGCUGAAGCCGAAGCUGGUGUUGAAGCCGAGGCUGAAGUGAAAGCCGAGACCGAAGCAGUUGAUGCUGAGGCUGAGGGCGAGAAGGAAGCUGAGACCGAGUCUGGUGCUGAGGCUCAAGUUGGGCUUGAUGCUGAAGCUGAGGCUGAAGCUGAGGCUCAAUUUGAAUUUGAUGCUGAAGCUGAGGCUGAAGCUGAGGCUCAAGUUGAGUUUGAUGCUGAAGCUGAGGCUGAAGCUGAGGCUCAAGUUGAGUUUGAUGCUGAAGCUGAGGCUCAAGUUGAGUUUGAUGCUGAAGCUGAGGCUGAAGCUGAGGCUCAAGUUGAGUUUGAUGCUGAAGCUGAGGCUCAAGUUGAGUUUGAUGCUGAAGCUGAGGCUGAAGCUGAGGCUCAAUUUGAGUUUGAUGCUGAAGCUGAAGCUCAAGUUGAGUUUGAUGCUGAAGCUGAGGCUGAAGCUGAGGCUCAAGUUGGGUUUGAUGCUGAAGCUGAGGCUGACGCUCCAGCAAGCACCAGCAGUAAAAAGAUGAAGAAGAGACGGACCAAAGAAGGACUGGAGGCAGAAGAAAAAAGAAAGCCCAGGUUAACAAAGCAGUGGAUGAGGCUGAAAACAUGGUUCAGGAAGAAGCUGGGGCUGAAGCAAUAGGAAGCAAGCCAGAAGAUGCUCAACCAGAGUGUAGAAAAUAAAAAAAUUACCUUUUAUAUUAUAAAAAAGCUUUUAUAUUAAACGUUUAAAGAUUGAUUGUUAAAAUGCUGUUACUGUUGAAUAAAAACAUGACUGAUG